AAUUAUGGACAUCAUAUUGAUAAUAAUUUGGAUAUUAAUCAUUGCUGGUUGGUUCCUUUACAAAAGAGCCAAAAUCGUGUAUGAAGAGCUUGAAAGCUAUGGAAUUCCAUAUGAAGGUGCAAUUAAUAGCUACUGGGGUAUAAUUGAGCUGUUAUUAAUGAAGAGGCAUUUCUUUUACCUUAUUGAUGAUCAAUAUAAGAAAUUUAAAGGACAGCAGAUCGUUCCUGCAUUCAACCUCUCACAGCGAUCAUUUAUGGCACGUGAUGCUGAAAUAAUCAAACAAAUCACAAUUAAGGAUUUUGAUUCUUUUGUCAAUCACGAUCAAAGCUUCAAUGGGGAUAUUGAUAGCUUGCAAGGCAAAAUGCUAUUCACAUUAGUUGACGAUGAAUGGCGCAACAUGAGGAACACACUUAGUCCAAUAUUUACAAGCAGUAAGAUGAAAAUGAUGUUUGGGAUCCUUUCAGACUGUGCCAGUGACUUUAUGGUUCAUUAUGAGAAAAAAGUCAAGGAAACUGGAAAGUUGGUCAUCAAUUCUAAGGAAACUUUCUCAAGAUUUACUGUUGACGGGAUCUGUUCAGCUGUUUUGGGAUUCAAAGGAGAUUGUGUUGAGAACGAAGAUAGUGAAUUGUACAAGUUAUCAGUAAGAAUGCAGCCGGUUGACAUUUGGUCAACCUUUAAAUUCCUUUUAUUCUUUUUCUUUGCAAAUAUUUACAAGUUUUUCAAGUUUCAAUUAACCACAAAAGAAAUUCGUGACUUUUUCUAUAACGCAAUUGUCAAAGUGAUGAAGGAACGUGAACAGAAUGGAACCUUCCGUCCCGAUGUUAUUCAGCUGCUCAUGCAAGCUAAAAAAGGUCAACUUAAAGUGCAAGACAAAGAAAAUGAAGUCAACGAAGCUGAAUUGUCAAAUUUCUCAGCUAAUAUUGAGUACGAUGUGAAGGCAAAGAACACAAAGUUGACAAACUGGACUGAUGAGCACUACAUGGCACAAGGAUUCAUCUUUUUCUUUGCAGGAUAUGAUACAACACAAACUUUACUUCAAGUCACGACUUACUCAUUAGCUAAGAAUAAGGACGUCCAGCAGAAACUAAUCGAUGAAGUUGACGAAGUUGUUGCAAGUCUUGGCGAUGCUUCAAUCAGCUAUGAAACCCUUCAUAAGAUGCAGUACCUAGAUAUGGUUAUUAGUGAAGCUCUCAGAUACUGGCCACCAGCAUCUGCAACAACAAGAGGAUGCAACCGUGACUACGAUUUGAAAUUAAAUAACGGUAAAGUAAUCAAAAUGAAGCCUGGAGACGACGUGUCACUUCCAAUCUAUUCGAUCCAACAUGAUCCUAAAUAUUUUGAGGAUCCUGAGAAGUUUGAUCCGGAAAGAUUCAGUGAUGAGAGGAAGGGAUCAAUUGUUGAUGGAUCUUAUAUUCCAUUUGGAUAUGGACCUAGGGUGUGCAUCGGAUCCCGUUUUGCAUUAAUGGAAGCUAAAUUGUUGAUUUUCAAUCUUUUGAGGAAAUUUACAUUCGAAGUUUGUGACAAGACGCCUGAAAAGUUUGAACUAGCACCAAACUUUGCUAACUUUGAAUUAAAAGAGAAAAUUUUUAUCGAGUUGAAGCUUAGAAAUUGAAAUUUAAAAAAAUGAAUAAAAUUUUUGACAAAG